AAUUGCAAUUUGUAUGCCGUUUUCCAAUGGUCAUAAAUUCAGCUAUUUAAAUAUUAAUUAACGCUUUUCGACAACUCAAAAUUGCCAAUAAAAAAAAUUGUGUGUAGAUGAAAUUCAUCUGUUUGUUUUUAAUAUUCUGAACCAAUAAUAUAGACAUAUUCGACAUGAUACCAGCACGCUGUUUGACUUCAUGUGAGGACGGUGAGGAAGACAAUACCCGAGUCGCUCUUAUAUUGGGCGACAAGCCCGUCUGUGGGGUCAAGUCCCUGCUGUUGUCGCCCAAGGUCAAGCUCAGCAGCGGCUACGAUAUGCCCGUGCUAGGAUAUGGCACCGCUAAGAUGCGUGGCUAUCAAUGCCUGACGGCCAUCCAUUGCGCUGUGGAGACUGGGUUCAGGCACUUCGAUACGGCAUAUGUCUAUGAAAACGAAAAGGAGGUGGGCGAGGCGAUACGUACACAAAUCCAAAUGGGAAAUGUAUCCAGGGAGAAUAUCUUUCUUACUACCAAGCUGUGGAAUAUCCAUCAUGAACCCCGAGAAGUUCGUCGCAUUUGCGAGAAGCAGCUGCAAGCACUUGGCUUUGACUACAUCGACCUCUAUCUAAUGCACUUUCCAGUUGGCUUUAAGCACGUGUGCGAUGAGAUUCUCUACCCCAUGGAGGGCGAUAAAGUACAAUUAUCCGACGUGGACUAUAUUGACACAUGGCGGGCGAUGGAGGAGCUUGUCAAGUUGGGUUUGGUGCGCAGCAUUGGUGUCUCCAACUUCAACAUGGAGCAGGUGCAGCGCAUCAUACAGUGCAGCUCCUACAAGCCGGUUGUCAAUCAGGUGGAAAUCUGGCCUGGCUUCAUGCAAAAGGAUCUGGUUGACUACUGCCGCUACAAUGGCAUCGUGGUGACUGCCUAUGCGCCAAUCGGCCAGCCGGACCGUGAGACUCAUUCACCGAUUUACUUCUUCUCGGAGGGCAUGCGACGCCUUGUGAAGAAAUACGAUCGCACUGCGGCCCAAAUUGUGCUGCGCUACCUGAUUGACUACGGCGUGGUGCCCAUACCGAAGGCGUCGAAUCCCGUGCACAUUAGACAGAAUCUGAACAUAUUCGAUUUUCAGCUGACUGAGGCAGAUACGCGCGCCCUGAAGGGCAUCAAGCCCAAGGAUCGAAUCAUUAAGUUUGAAGAAGCUCUGGACCAUCCUUUCUAUCCGUUCGAGCGCGAAGACGAGCGCACUCAGCAGCCCGAAGAAUUUGAGAAGGAAGAGGAUAAGCCCAAACGAACUUCCGCGCCACCCGCUGAAGCGCCCGCAGCAGCUGAAGCGCCUCCAGAAGAAUAGACAAAAGAACCUACUGAAUAUUUCACUUGUUCUUACCGAAUUUCAAUUAAAAAGGAGAAACAGAUUAUAAAUGUAUUAUAUAUGUUGUGCCUAUGCAUGUUGGAAGCAUGCCAAACCCUACAAUUGAUAUAAUAUUGAAAGAAAUUAUAUGCAAUCGAUCUAUUUUCCAUUCUAUAUUGGCAGAUCUAUAUAGAACUUGUAAACGA